AUGCAGUCAAUCACCCACAGACCGGGCGACGCGCCCCGCGAUCCCCUUCCGCCGACUCUUCCGACCGACAAGGUCCAGGUGUCUUCACCCUUAGGGUCCUGGUCUCAUUUAAUUGCUGGCGCUGCCGGCGGAAUGGUCACAGCUGUCCUCACCAGUCCUCUAGAUGUUCUCCGAACGCGGUUACAAACAGAUUAUUACCAGACGCAGGCCUCUGCUACUCGCCCAACUCCCCCAGCGAAGUCCCAAGUCCGACCAUCCUUCUACCGUUCCUCUCUCCGCCACUUCCGCGAAACCUUUGACAUCCUUUUCUCCAUCCACCGCGUUGAAGGCUGGCGCGGCCUGUUCAAAGGCCUCGGGCCGAGUCUGACGGGCGUCGUCCCCGCAAGCGCCGUGAAGUUCUACACGUACGGGAACUGUAAACGGCUCUUCCCCGAGCUGAUCGGAUGCGAGAAGGACUCGACGGUCGUGCAUGCGCUCUCCGCCGCCUGCGCCGGUAUCGCCACCGGCUCGGCGACAAAUCCGAUCUGGGUGGUGAAGACGCGGUUGCAGCUGGACAAGGUCGGCGCUCGCCGAUACAAGGGCAGUCUCGACUGUAUCAGCCAGAUCCUGAAGCAUGAGGGACCCAAGGGUCUGUACCGCGGGCUUACGGCCAGCUACUUGGGCACCAUCGAGACGACGUUGCACCUCGCGAUGUACGAGCGCUUCAAGUCGAUUAUCUCUCGCAAGGUCGACUUGGAGGGGGAUAAAGAGGCGAACCAGUUUGUCCAGGGUCUGGCCAUGAGCGGGGCCUCUGGGCUGUCGAAGUUGUGUGCGUGUUUGAUCGCGUAUCCUCACGAAGUUAUUCGAACCAGGCUACGGCAGGCUCCGAUGGCAGAUGGUCGGCAGAAAUACACGGGCAUCAUCCAGUGCGCGCGGUUGAUUCUGAAAGAGGAGGGUGUGAUGGCCCUCUAUGGAGGCUUGACGGCCCAUCUUCUCCGGACGGUUCCUUCCGCUGCUAUCACGCUGGGGACAUAUGAGCUGGUUCUCAAGGUCCUUGAGGGUCGGUAG